GCGUUGUGUUGUUAGUCUUUAGCGAAUUGUAACGUGUGAAGCAUCUUAAAAGGGAUCUUUCUUGAGAAACAUGAACAUAAUUCUGUAACAGAAGCUAAACAAAAAAUUUACGAAAAUGAUGACUCUCGUCAUUAGUGGAUCCGUGAUAUUCGCUCUGAUGCUGGUGACUAAUGGCCAACAACUCUCACAAUUAUGGGAAGGCAGUGGAGCAGAUGUAGCCGGUAAUGCUCCUCCUUCGAUUGAUGACUAUGUCAACUGCCCACCAGAUGAUUCAAGCCUGACUGAUGAGGAUACUCUGUUCAUUCCGAAUGUAGCAAUAGAAGAUGUAGUAUACCUUGACAGCAAUGAAACUGCAAUGGAAUUGGUUACCGGAGAGAAUUUAACAAACGCAAGGAAACAGGAAUGGUUGGACGAAAAUUUAUCCAGUGGGGAUAUGGAGGGCAUAACGUUGAUAAACACCAAUGAAAUUGAUUCUGAAACAAUGGAAUCAAGACUUUCAGGCUUCGUCGACAACGAUGGGGACGCAACAGUAUUGACAUCACCAAACUAUCCUGACCCCUAUCCGAAUUUCGUGAACAGCUACGAAUCCUACUCGGUAACAGGUGGGAUAGGGGUGCAGAUAAUGGUACAUAGUGUUGAUUUGGACCAUCAAACGGAUUUCCUGUACAUCCGUGGUGGAUCGGUAGAAGACGAAGACGAGAAGGGUCCAGUUCUAACAGGAACGAUCAAAGAACCUAUGCGUUUUCUUGUUCCCCACACUACAACUUUCUCGGUUCAUUUUGUGUCCCAACAUAACGGAUCGGAACCUCAGACGCAUCAAGGAUUUCGGCUAUCGUACAGCCCAUUUGGAACUAUGGCCACGCCGACGACUCCAACCACAACGGAGAUGAUUGUUCCUCAAGACGAACUGCAGUGGGCUCGGAAGGAGAUCUCUCUGAGCCCUGCGAUGUCUCAGUCCUCCGAAACCUGGUCUCUCGUCAGAAUGGCCCUAUCAAACAGUACCAACGCAUUCAUCGAGCAAAACCAGUUAAAAUAUAAACCAAGUCGACCGGAUGAUAUUCGAAUCCACGCUCAAAAGUGCCCGGACACCUGGCCAAAGUACGAAGAAUGUGUAACGCUACGAUUUGCCACUCCGCUGAGACCGAUCGUCCCGGAGGUCGAGGACGAACCGGAAGGGUUUGGAAUGGACGACAAGGGUAAAUUGAAAAUGAAAGGCUUCAUACCGCUGACCACUACCGAGGCACCGGAACCGGAGUAUCAACUCAGCGAGGCUAAUCUCGAGCAAAUGUGGACCGAAUUCGGCUCGAUGGCGCUUGCGGAGCUGGGAAUCGAGGUGUACCAAAUGCCCGAGAAUUCGUCUGUUCUGUUGAUCUGGCUGACGAUAAGCUUGUGUAUCGUGGCGGCGUUCCUCUUCGUCCUGUACAGCAUUUGGAAGAUCGAUUUCUUCAAGGAUUACAGGAGAAUGUCUAUGCUGAGUCGUGACACGCAGGACGAAGACCGUGGCGAGUUGAAGAAGAAAGAAUUCGAUAUCUCGAUGUUCCCUUCACCGCAUCAAAUAGUUCCAAGUUUAUUCCCAACCGGGGAUCCAUACAGCGAUCGUAGUACUGAAUAUGCCUACGAAAACGCGACGGUCAACCCUUGGGCCGCAGAACUAAACGAAUCCCACAGAGAUGCCCUCAACACCAGUCUGGUUCCGAAGUCGCAAAGAAACCAGCAGAUGUUCGAACCAAUUUCGCCACUGGAAUACUCUCCGAGUAUUGUCGAUUUCAACGAAGUGCCAGAAUCACGAAACAACACCAAUCCAUUCCUAUCUUCCAACGAAGGGAAUUUCGGGCAGAGCUGAAAAGAAAAAAAAAACAUCAUCCAAUGCACGUGAAAACAUAAGCUUGAUUGAAGCAUUCAAACCGAAUGAAAUAAUCAUAAGUGGCUUAAACAUCAGACCUGGAUGCGUUUUCAAGCUCUGCAAUCAUUUAAUUAAUAUAACGACGCAUGCUUCCUUCUAAUCUUUAUCGUCGAGAAGUCUGAUCGGCUUAAUCUAAAAUAACAUUUGUUUUUCAAUUAAAGACAU